UGCUUGAAGUUUUUUAUAUUAAUGAAAUGUUCUUAUUUUUCUAUUUCAGAGACCAAGAUGACUCGAUACGCGAAAGAGCCUGAGAACCCAGCCAAAUCGGCCAAGGCCCGUGGCUCUUACUUGCGUGUCCAUUUCAAGAACACGCGUGAGACUGCCCAAGCCAUUAAACACAUGCACUUGAAGAGGGCCAAUCGUUUCUUGAAGAAUGUCGUUGGCCAUAAGGAGUGCGUUCCAUUCAGGAGGUUUAACGGAAGCGUUGGACGAUGUGCUCAGGCUAAACAGUGGAGACAUGUCCAGGGCAGAUGGCCAAAGAAAAGUGCUGAAUUUCUGAUGCAGCUCUUGAAAAAUGCUGAGAGCAAUGCUGAAGUCAAGGGUCUGGACCCAGAACAUCUUGUCAUUGAACACAUUCAGGUCAAUGCUGCCCCCAAGAUGAGGAGGAGGACAUACCGUGCUCACGGUCGUAUCAAUCCUUACAUGAGCAGCCCAUGCCACGUUGAAGUUGUGUUGGCCGAGAAAGACACAGUGGUCGCCAAGCCCACAGCUGGGGAGGAAGAACCAGUAAAGAAGAAGGUGUCCAAAAAGAAGUUGCAGAGGCAGAAGAUGAUGCAAAGAGACUAAAUUUCUGUCAGGACAAUAAAAUGUAUUUAAAAAAAGA